AAUAAAUUAUAAUUUGAAAGAGAAUUUCACAUUGUUGUUCAAAAAAAGAAAAAAAGAGAAUUUCACAUUUUUGCUUUGGUUAUCAGUUAUCACUAAAGAAACAGAAAAAAAUAAAAUAGAAAAGGCCCAAAACGCAUAAGGGCAAAAUGGUAAAAGAAGAAUCACAAGGAGGAUGCGAAAACCCUAGACUCAUAUUUCUCACUCACGUAGCCGCAAGACUCCUCUCCCUGAUAGUUACUUGCAGGCACGAUGAGCUCCGAGAACGAAGAAGACUCUUCAGCUGUGCGACGGCGCGUGUCCUGCACCAAAUGCUUCGACGCUCUCUGGUUCUGCUACUCACCAUUUUACCAAAUGCAGCAGUAUUACCGGGUUGGCAGACUUGAUGAUUGUACUAAGAAGUUCUCUGAUCUCUUUGAUUGUCUUUCUUUAAAGACAAAAAGAGUUUCUGAAGCCGAGAAAAUUCUAGAAGAGAAGGAGAUGGCAGAUGCGGCAAAACAUAUUUGGAUUAUGCGAACACAUGAAGAAGCUUCAAGUCAUUGGAAUGAGACUUUUGGGCAUUUGGAGAAUCCAAAUUGUUAGAAGGUACAGUUUCAUUCGUUCCAUUCUUGAUGGAGAUUUUUUACUUCCAAGAAACUUGAUGUCUGCUAGAGCCUAGAUGUCUGCAAAUUAUUCUGCCGGCUAGAAAAAGCUUUUUGUCAUAGCUUACCUUGAACACUUGAGCAAACUUAAGUUAUACCUCGAUCUCCAAAGAAGCGUACCUCGAAAGAUGGAUAUAUGUUUUAAGAUCAUUUAUUGGAUUGUGGAUGUAUUUCAUUGGUUGGUAACAACAGCUAAAUAAAAUCUUACAUCUAUAAGGAGCUUAUUAUUGAUAAUGUUCGAGAUAUUAGAGAUA